AUGUCUGCUACUACCAACGUGGAGAAGCCCGCCGACGACAAGGCCGCCGCCAACGAGGCUGCCUCGGCCAGCGCUGCUGAGGGCCGCCGCCUGUACAUUGGCAACCUGGCCUAUGCGACAACUGAGGGGGAGUUGAAGGACUUCUUCAAGAGCUAUCUUGUUGAGUCUGUUUCGAUCCCAAAGAACCCUCGCACCGACCGUCCCGUUGGCUAUGCCUUCGUGGAUCUUUCCACCCCUACCGAGGCCGACCGUGCCAUCUCAGAGCUCUCGGGCAAGGAGAUCCUAGAGCGCAAGGUCUCCGUCCAGCUGGCCCGCAAGCCAGAGGCUGCCGGCGACAAGGCCGAGGGCGCCAACGGGGAUGGUUACGGCCCAGAGGGUUCCCGCCGCCGCGCCUCUGGCCGUGGUCGUGGCCGAGGUCGCGGCCGUGGUGGACGCGCUGCUCGCGGCGGUCGCUUUGGCGAAACCGGUGAAGACAAGAAGGAGGGCGAGACCAACGAGACGGCCGCCACUGACGCCGCGGCCGCCCCGGACGCAGCCGAGGGCACCACUGAGAACUCCAAAUUCCAGCCUCGCCCCCAGCGUGAGCGCCGUGAGCGCGGCCCCCCUGCGGACGGCAUUCCUUCCAAGACCAAGGUUAUGGUGGCCAAUCUCCCGUACGACCUGACCGAGGAUAAGCUCAUUGAGCUUUUUGAGGCAUACGAGCCUUCCUCGGCCAAGAUCGCCCUUCGACCCAUCCCCCGAUUCAUGAUCAAGAAGCUCCAGGCCCGUGGCGAGGCCCGCAAGGGCCGUGGCUUCGGCUUCGUCACGCUGGCCUCGGAGGAGCAGCAGCUCAAGGCUGUGGCUGAGAUGAAUGGCAAGGAGAUUGAGGGCCGUGAGAUUGCCGUCAAGGUGGCCAUUGACAGCCCUGACAAGACUGACGAAGAGGUCGACGCUGCUCAUGGCGAGGAGGGCACCAACAACGCCGAGGCUGCUGCCGAGGCCCCUGCCGCAACCACCGCCUAA